AUGAAGAGCGACCAGUCAAUACGACAACCACCUCUAUUUGAAGAUGGAGGAUGCUCUACUGAUCUGAGUGUGAUGGAGGGUACGAGACCAGAUUCACCUGAACCCAGCUGUGUUUCCAUGAAGAGCGACUGGUCAAUAGAACAACCACCUCUUUUUAAAGAUGGAGGAUGUUCUACUGAUUUGAGACCACAAAAGAAGAAAUUAAAUGUUGCUUACAGAGAUCAGCUGGACUCUAUAUUUAAGGAACUGGAGCUCAAAGUCAUCAACAUGUUAAAGAAUGAGCUAAACAAGUUCAAAAAGCUCCUGAAUGAAGAUUACCCAGCAUGCUCUGAGCAGGAGGUGACGGAUGUGGAAGAUCUGAAACUUUUAGUCCCUGUAUAUCAGAAAAAACUCAAAUCCAAUCUGAGAGAAAAAUGUAAAAGAAUCAGUGAAGGAAUCUCCCAGCAUGGAAGCUCAGCACUUUUGAAUGAGAUCUACACAGAGCUCUACAUCACAGAGGGUUGGAGUGGAGACGUCAAUAAUGAACAUGAGGUCAGACAGAUUGAAGCGACAUGCAGGAGACCAGCAGUACAGGAGAUUCCCAUCAAAUGCAAUGACCUCUUUAAAGACUCGUCCAUCAGAACUGUGCUGACUAAAGGAAUCGCUGGAAUUGGAAAAACAGUCUCAGUGCAGAAGUUCAUUCUGGACUGGGCUGAAGGAAAAGCAAAUCAGGACGUCGUCUUCAUAUUUCCACUUCCUUUAAGAGAGCUGAACUUGUUGAAGCAUGAAAAUCUCAGUCUGAUGGAACUUCUUCAUCAGUUUUUCCCAGAAGUGAAAGGUCUGACAUCAUUAAACUGUGAUGUUCAUAAAGUUUUGUUCAUCUUUGAUGGUCUGGAUGAGUGUCGACUGCCUCUAGAUUUUCAAAGUAAUAAGCGAUUGUGUAACAUAACAAAGUCAGUAAAAAUGGAUGUGCUGCUGACAAACCUCAUCAAGGGAAACCUGCUUCCCUCUGCUCACCUCUGGAUCACUACUCGACCAGGAGCAGCCAAUCAGAUCCCUACUGAGUGUGUAGACCAGGUAACAGAGGUACGAGGGUUUAGUGACCCCCAGAAAGAGGAGUACUUCAGGAAGAGGAUCAGUGAUGAGAACCUGGCUAGUAAAAUCAUCAAACACAUAAAGUCAUCAAGAAGCCUCUACAUCAUGUGUCACAUUCCAGUGUUCUGCUGGAUAUCAGCCUCUGUUCUAGAGAGAAUUCUGGAUGGAGCCAAGGGGAAAGAGAUCCCCAAAACUCUGUCUCAAAUGUUCACUUACUUUCUGAUCUUUCAGAUAAAACACAAGGAACAAAAGUACCAUGAGAAAUCUGACCCUGAUCUACACCAGACCAGGGAGACGAUACUGGCACUGGGAAAACUGGCCUUCCAACAGCUGGAGAAAGGAAACCUGAUCUUCUAUGAAGAAGACCUGACAGAGUGUGGUAUUGAUGUCAAAAACACAUCAGUGUACUCAGGAGUCUGCACCCAAAUCUUCAAAAAAGAGGCUGGGCUGCACCUGGGUCAGGUCUUCAGCUUUGUGCACCUUAGUGUUCAGGAGUUUCUGGCUGCUUUAUAUGUAUUUCUCACCUUCAUCAACAAAAACAGAAAUGUGCUGGUGAAGAAACACACUGUAAUUUUUAACAUCUUUAAAAACUCUGUGUCUGACUUUCUGAAGAGUGCAGUGGACAAGGCCUUACAGAGGGAGAAUGGACACCUGGAUCUUUUCCUCCGCUUCCUCCUGGGCCUCUCACUAGAGUCCAAUCAGACUCUCUUACGAGGCCUACUGCCACAAACAGGAAGUAGCUCUUACAACAAAGAGGAAACAGUCAGGCACAUCAAGAAGAAGAUCAGUGAGAAUCUUUCUCUAGAAAAAUCCAUCAAUCUGUUCCAUUGUCUGAAUGAACUGAACGAUGAUUCUCUAGUGCAGGAAGUCCAACAAUAUCUGAACAGAAGAGGUUCCAUUUAUAAAGAAGGACACAGUCUGUCUCCUGCUCAGUGGUCGGCUCUGGUGUUUGUGUUGCUAAACUCAGAUCAGAAGCUGGAUGUGUUUAAUUUGAAGAAAUAUUAUCCAUCACAUGAAGCUCUUCUGAAGCUCCUGCCAGUGGUGAAAGAAUCAAGAAAAGCUAAGUUAAAUAGCUGCAGUAUUACAGGUGAAGGUUUUACUGCUCUGGCUUCAGCUCUGAAAUCAAAUCCAUCAUCACGUCUGAGGGAACUGUAUCUGAACCGCAACUAUCCAGGAAAAUCAAGAGUAAAAUUGCUCCAGGAUCUACAGGAGAAUCCACAGUGUAACCUAGAAAAACUAAGCUGCCAGUACAAGUUAAAUUUCUUUUCCAGCUGCACAGAUGCAAUGGUAGCCUGGAGAGUCACUGAAAACAGUCUAAAGCAAUUGAAACAGAUAAGAGAUGCAAGCAGUGAAUGGAACACAAAUCCAUUGGAGGGGUCGGCAUCUAAACAUCAGAAGUUACCAGAUGGUAAUGAGGAUAGUGAAACACUCGCUGAUACUCUAGAAGUGAAAGCUGUAUCUGAGCCAAUCAAUGAUGUUGAUGCAGUACUGCAUUAA